GCGAAAAUUCUGACGCGUAGAGUCUUGUUUUCACAUGGAAGAGAAGUCACCAUCAGCUACUGAUGCUCAGACUACGGGAAUUGCAUGGAAAUGGUUCAGCACCUCUGGGUGAUGUGGGGUCAACACGUCCUAACAAGCACAUGGGCCUGACGACCGUGAACUUCCUUCACUUCUUCGUCCUCACAGACUAAACAAGUGAGAAACACGAAUAGUGGGGAAAAAAGGAGACAGACUCCCAUGGCAGCAGAAGCAAUCUUAGGAGCCUUCAUGCAAACCCUAUUCCAGAAAUUAUCAGAAGCACUUCUUGAUCACUUCAAAUCUUGCAGGGGCAUCCAUGGCAAGCUGGAGAACCUUUCUCAAAUUCUCUCUCAGUUGCAGGCCUUUCUCGAUGAUGCCGAGGUGAAGCAGCUGGCAGAUGCGUCCGUGCGGGGAUGGUUAGCAAAGCUGAAGGACGUCGCGUAUGACGUUGACGAUCUGCUGGACAGAUAUUCAGCCAAGAUUAUGUAUCUGAAGCAUAGGAAGAUGAGACCUUCCACAAAGGCAAGUGUCAGUUCUCCUUCGUUCUUCUUGCAUAGGAAUCUCUACCAGUACAGGAUAAAGCAUAAGAUUGACUGCAUAUUGGAGAGGUUAGAUAAAAUUGCAAAAGAACGCGACACCAUUGGGCUCCAGAUGUUAGGUGAAAUGAGCAGGCGUGAGACCUCAGAGAGACCGCAGUCGAGUUCUCUUGUAGACAGCUCAGCUCUCUUUGGGAGGGAGGGAGACAGAGAGGAGAUGGUGAGGCGGAUGUUAUCUGAUAAUGGACAUAGUUCCUGCAAUGUUUCUGUAGUUCCAGUUGUUGGCAUGGGUGGGCUUGGUAAGACCACUCUUAUGCAGAUGGUGUACAAUGAUGACAGAGUGAAACAACACUUUGAACUAAGGAUCUGGAUCAACGUGUCUGAAAGUUUUGACGGGAGAAAGCUAACAGAAGAAACUCUCGAAGCUGCCGCCUAUGACCAAUCCUUUCCUAGCAUCAGCGUUAACAGUGGACAGAUAACCAACAUGAAUAUGCUCCAGGAAACUCUCUCUGUUGUAUUGCGGGGCAAGAGGUACUUGCUUGUCUUGGAUGAUGUCUGGAAUGAAGACUAUGAUAAAUGGCUCAGCUAUAGAGCAGCCUUAAUUUCAGGAGGGCUUGGAAGCAAGAUAGUGGUAACAUCGAGAAAUGAGAAUGUUGGGAGAAUCAUGGGAGGAAUAGAGCCCUACAAGUUACAGCAACUAUCGGAUGAUGAUAGCUGGUCAAUUUUCAAGAGCCAUGCAUUCAGGGAUGGUGAUUGCAGCACAUAUCCACAGUUGGAGUUGAUAGGUAGGCAAAUUGUGAAGAAGCUCAAGGGGUUGCCUCUGGCAUCGAAAGCAUUAGGGAGCCUCCUCUUUUGCAAAGCAGAUGAAGCUGAGUGGAAGGACAUACUAAGAAAUGACAUAUGGGAGCUACCAGCAGACAAGAACAACAUAUUGCCAGCUCUGCGGCUAAGCUACAACCAUUUACCACCACAUCUCAAGCAGUGUUUUGCAUUUUGUUCUGUAUACCCCAAAGAUUAUAUAUUUAUUAGAGAAAAGUUGAUUAAGAUUUGGCUAGCACUCGGUUUCAUCAGGCAAUCUGGAAAGAGGAUACUGGAGGAUUCUGGUAAUGCAUAUUUUAAUGAGCUAGUCAGCAGGUCUUUUUUUCAGCCCUUCAAGGAGAACUAUGUGAUGCAUGAUGCAAUGCAUGACCUUGCUACAUCUGUUUCCAUGGAGCACUGUGAACAAUUUGAGUACGGGAAAAGAUAUGUCAAUGCCACCAAGACCCGUCAUCUUUCAUUUGCAUGCACCGGUGCCAGGAGCACGCAUUUUGAUCCACUCUACGGGUUUAGGAAGUUAAGGACACUAAUUCUGAUCCAUGGAUACAAUUCUAAGAUGUCUCGGUUCCCUGAUGGUGUCUUUAUGAAACUUCAGUUUCUUAGAGUUCUUGAUAUGCAUGGAAGAGGUCUUAAAGAAUUACCAGAGUCUAUAGGGAAUCUGAAACAACUUCGCUUCCUAGAUCUCAGCAGUAAUGAAAUAAAAACAUUACCAGCAUCUAUUGUUAAACUCUAUAACUUGCAAAUACUGAGGCUAAUCAACUGCAGUUCACUAAGGGAAAUGCCACAAGGCAUCACUAAGCUCACUAAUCUGCGUCACUUAGAGGGAAGUACAAGGCUACUGUCAAGGAUACCUGGAAUUGGAAAUUUGAUCUGCCUACAGGAAUUAGAAGAAUUUAUUGUCUGGAAGCGUCUCGGACACAACAUCACAGAGUUAAAAAACAUGGAUCAGUUGCAAGGAAAACUUACCAUCCGUGGCCUCAACAAUGUGGCUGAUGAACAAGAUGCAGUUUGUGCCAAGUUGAAAACCAAAGAACAUCUUCGAGCUCUACACCUUAUAUGGGAUGAUGACUGCAAACUCACUCCUCCAAAUCAGCAAGAAGUACUCGAAGGCCUUCAACCACAUUCCGAUCUAAAGGAGUUGAUGAUAAAAGGUUUUCCAGGGGCGAGGCUCCCAAGCUGGCUAGCUGGUUCGUUUCUUCCCAAUCUGCAAACCAUUCAUAUAUGCAACUGCAGAAACACAGAGCUCCCACCUUUAGGCCAACUUCCCUUCCUAAAAAAUCUCAAUAUAGCGGGAGCAACUGAGGUGACACAAAUUGGACGCGAGUUCACAGGAAUUGGCCAAAUACAAUGUUUUCCAGCGUUAGAAGAGCUUCUAUUGGAAGAUAUGCCGAAUCUGGAAGAGUGGAUUUUUGAUAUUGCUGAUCAGUUGUUCCCUCAAUUAACUGAACUUGGUCUCAUUAAUUGCCCCAAGCUGAAGAAGUUACCCCCUGUUCCAUCAACGCUUGCAACACUGAGGAUUGAUGAAUCUGGACUCGAGUCACUUCCAGAUCUUCAAAAUGCAGCUUGUCCGUCUUCUCUAACAUCUCUAUACAUCAAUGGUUGCCCGAAUCUAACAUCUCUGCGUGUAGGCUUUCUUGCACACAAUCCAAUAGCCCUCAAGAGUCUAACAAUUGCCCGUUGUGAAGAGCUCGUUUCAUUGCCAGAAGAGUGUUUCUGUCCAUUUAAAUCACUUCAGAUACUGCACAUCUAUGAGUGCCCUUGUUUGGUACCAUGGACAGCUCUGGAGCGAGGCUUGCUUCCCACUUCAGUUGAAGAAAUCCGUCUCAUAUCAUGUGCUCUGCUAGCACCUGUACUUCUAAAUGGCCUAAGUUACCUUCCUCGUCUCAAGCAUUUUCAAAUUGCUGACUGCCCUGAUAUCAGUAACUUUCCACCGGAGCGUUUACCUCACACACUUCAGUUCUUAGACAUAUCACGCUGUGAUGACCUCCAAUGGUUGGCUUCUAGUCUGUCUGAAGUCUCCUCCCUAGAAACAUUGCACAUCUCCAACUGUCUAGAGAUUGAAGGCUUGCCAGAAGAAGGUCUGCCCAGUGGACUGAAGGAGCUUUACAUCAAAGAAUGCCCAAAACUUAAGCAACGAUGUCAAGAAGGUGGGCAGGACCGACUCAAGAUAGCUCACAUCAGAGACAUUGAGAUUGAUGGGGACGUUAUUGUGGUUGAGCAGAUAUAGAAGAGUGGAGCGGACAAUGCGCGAGGCAGAGCAAGGAGCGGCGGCGCAGGCGUACCGGC